UACUCAGUAUGUAGCCCUGCCCGCGUUCGUCAGUCCCUCCGCUCCCAAAACAAGGAAAAGUAUAGAAACACAAAUAGUUUCUUUAUCAGCACUUUUAAGUCUUACUUUGCCGCUCCAUUUGCGCGACCGAAUUAGUUUUAAUAGCAAAAGCGCGCGCACUCGGACACCGUCACCACCGGAGCGCUGGAUUAUUGUUUUUUCCACAACUGCACAUCACAUAGUAUGUCAAAUAUGGGGAACUUUAUCGUGAUCUGCUAACUGAAAUCAACUUGGUUAAUACAGGCGAGCGAUCAUAGUGCAGGUGUGUCGUGGUUUUGUGUACUUUGCCGACAGCAGAAGAGCAGUUAUUCUUCACUGAGACUGAGAAUGGGGCAUCCUGUACUGGAGUUCAGCGACUGUUACUCCGACAGCCCCGAUUUCAGAGAUAGGUUGAAAUGCUACGAAAACGAGCUGGAGAAAACCAACAAGUUCCUGAAGGAUGUCAUCAAGGACGGGAACAAUGUGAUCAACACGUUUAAAGAGUAUUCGCUAGCUGUGCAGAAGUUCUCUCAGACUCUUCAGUCUUUCCAGUUUGAUUUCAUCGGUGACACUCUGACUGAUGAUGAGAUGAACAUCGCUGAGUCAUUUCGUGAGUUUGCUGGUUUGCUGCAGGACGUGGAAGAGGGCCGAAUGAUGCUGGUUCAGAAUGCUUCUGACCUACUUAUCAAACCUUUGGAAAAGUUCAGGAAAGAGCAGAUUGGAGUGACAAAAGAGAGACGAAAGAAGUUUGAGAAGGAAAGUGAAAAGUAUUACUCUCAGCUGGACAAGCACGUGAAUUUGUCCUCAAAGAAAAAAGAGACACAGCUACAGGAGGCCGAUGAACAGUUGGAUAAGGAGCAUCAGGCUUUUCAUGAGUCGUCUGUUGAAUAUGUAUACCAGAUCCAGCAGGUUCAGGAAAAGAAGAAGUUUGAUGUUGUGGAACCUGUUUUAGCAUUUCUGCAGAGCAUCCUGACGCUGAAUAAUCUCACUGUGGAGAUGACACAGGAUUUCCUUCCAUACAAACAGGAGCUUCAGCUCAGUCUACAGAAUACCCGUAACCACUUUGAGAGCACCAGAGAGGAGAUGGAAGAGCUAAUGAAGAGAAUGAAAGGGUCAGCAAAGAUCAGUAUUAGACAUGGCCAGCAUGCGACUAUGGAGGGUUACCUCUAUGUGCAGGAGAAAUGGGCUCUUGGCGUAACCUGGGUGAAGAAUUACUGUAAAUAUUUCAAGGACAGCAAGUUAUUUAUUAUGGUGCCAAUGGAACAGAAGGCGGGAAUCAAACAGACCACAGCUCAACUCACACUGAAGUCCUGCAUUCGGCGUAAAACUGACUCCACCGAUAAACGCUUCUGCUUUGACAUUGAGACCAGUGAAAGAUGCAGCCCUGUCCUGCUCCAGGCUAUUUCUGAGGUCAACAGGAAGGAGUGGAUAGAGGCUAUGGAUGGGAAAGAACCAAUUUAUCAUUCUCCCAUUCAAAAGCAGGCAGAGAUGGAGCUGAAUGACCUCGGCUUCAAGUUUGUCAGAAAAUGCAUCAACUUUGUGGAAACAAAAGGGCUGACUCAGGAAGGGGUCUACAGGACAGUGGGCAGCAAUAUUCAAGUACAGAAACUUCUGAAUGCCUUCUUUGACCCAAAGUGUCCUGCUGAUGUAGAUUUUAAUUCCAGUGACAUGGACAUUAAGACCAUCACCAGUGCACUGAAAUUCUAUCUGCGGAGUCUGAGUGAACCGCUGAUGACCUACAGCCUGCACGGGGAGCUGAUCUUAGCAGCAAAGUCAGAGAAUCUGGACUAUCGGUUAGGGGCGGUUCACUCACUUGUUUACAAACUCCCCGAGCGGAACAGAGAGAUGCUGGAACUGCUAAUCAAACACCUGGUCAGUGUUUGCAGCCACAGCAGUGAAAAUCUUAUGACUGUGUCCAAUAUGGGUGUAAUAUUUGGCCCCACUCUCAUGAGAGCAGAGGAGGAGACGGUAGCGGCCAUGUUGGAUAUUAAGUUCCAGAACAUCGUCAUGGAGAUUCUUAUUGACGACUACAGCAAGAUCUUUAAAGGUCCUCCUGAGGAAAGCGUACCACCUCCUGUCCCGCCUCCAAGGGUGUCACCACGAAGACGACAGCCAAUCACCAUCUCAAAACGCCCAGCCCGUGCCUACACUGGUCUUCAGCCUCCCGCUUUUGAGCGUCGAGAGCUGAAUGGUGCCACACACAAUAAUGGUGAACCUGAGGGAGACGGCGGCCCCGUUCCUCAACAAAGAACAAAACUGAUACCUCCUUCCAUCUCUCCUCCAUCCAUCCCACUCUCCUCUCCCACGUCCAGGAGACCUCUUCAUCCCAGACCUGCUCUUCGGCUAUUAGAGCCGGAAAUCAGCCGUUUGGAUGUUCGGAUACAUGACGGCCUGAGGUCAGAUGCCACCACCAAUGGGGAAUCCGGGGGCACGGUGAACCGCGCUCAGUCUUUCCAGAAGAGGACACAACUCAAGGGAUCAACUGGAGAGGCACAGGGUCUGAAAAGACAAUCUUUCUCAGAGAAGAGUUCCAUCUGCAGGCCCCCGACUCGACCACCAGACCCCCCUUCACGGCUCCUCAGUAAACCUCCAAAUGAAGACACUCCACCAUCAUAUGUUGCAUCCAAAACCAAAUUUUUUGAGAACGCUUCCAGGCAGAUGGGGAGCUCCUCUCCGAACGCCUCACCUGCAGCAUCAAGAGACGAGAACACUAAAUGAGAACUUGUGGAUGGAUGUGGAAGUGUUGUGAAGCGCUUUGCACAUGACUGCGUGUCCUCGUACGGCUCAGGCCAGAGUCCGGAUGUGGAUUUGAGAGAUAAAUUAUUAAUAUGACUGACAGAGCACAAGGCACGGCCCUUCACUACAGUUUUUUUACGAAAGUACUUUCUUUUUUCUUGUGCUUCGCCGCCAAUUUCUGCACUUGCUUACUAAGUGGUUGAUUCUCGCUUGGAUCGAAGAACAAAAGGAAAGCAUUGAAAUGUUUUUUUUCUCGCUUAAACAUUUUGACCUUCCUGCGCACAAUAGGGAGAAACUUCCUCCUGUUCUCUCGGUCAUCGUGUCUCUCAGUAUCUACCCAUUUCUCUGACCUACAUACGAGAGCGAUAAGACGCACGGUUUACAGUCUCGCACUACAGACUUUACCAGCCAUAGAAUGUGCUACACUCCAGAUGGAUUAUAUAAUAUUCCAUAUCGACACUAAUCAGUAUUUAAUUAGGCAGAAGCUGAACACGCUUCUAUUAAUUAUCUGUUAUCAUCUCCGUAAUUAGUAACUGGAAGGAGAUGAAUGACCUGGGUGCUGCUUUUAAAUGUUUUUGACAAGAAGAGCAGUUACUGUAAUUGCAGAGCGUUUCUUCUUUUAUCUGCCGGGACACGUUUGUUGUUGGUUGAGGAACUUCUCGACUGCUUGACUGUGCUUCAGGAAGCCCUUCUCUCGCCUUUUAAUGAUCCGUCAGUCUUAAGGUGCGGUCACACUUGACUUUUCCUCCCAUAGACUUCCAUUCAUACGCACGCGAAUGCGUCAGACCGGAAACGCGGGGUCAUACGUUAAAUUUCGCAGGUUGCUGCGGUGCAAAGUUCAAGCUUGGUGAACUCUAACCUGCGAAAUCGCAUCACUUGACUGCAUGAGACCAAUCGAGGAUCAAAACAGGACCUCUCUGGACAGAAAUUUAAAGCAUGGAGCAAUCGCUCGCUUUUUUAAAUGUCUAAUCAUCUUGUUUAAUCCCGCCCCUUUUCGCAGCGCCGCACGACAGAAUUUCGCACACACAAAGCCCGGUGUGACCGUAGCUUUACUGAUGCACACUUUCAGAAAUAAAGGUACAAAAUUUGUCAGUGGGUUGGUACCUUUUCAAAAGGUACAGUUUUGUACCAUACAGGUGGACAUUAGUACCUUUAUGGUACACUUUUGUACCUUUAAGCUUUACUUUUGUACUUUUAAGAUACUGUGAGGUACACAUCUGUACUUUUUAUGUAUUAAAAUGUACCUUUAAGGACCUGUUAGGAACAAAAAUGUAGCUUUUAAAAAGGUACCACCCCUGAGAGUGUAGAGAUGACUUUCGGUAUCGAGUUUCUGUUGGUCGGUGUGAAUCUAUAAUGUGAACGCUAACGAUUUUAAGUCUAGUUCUCACUUGUGGAAAUGGAAACCAUUUAUGUUGAUGUGUUAUUUGGUACGUUCCAGUUUCAGGUCACUUUAUAAGGGUUUAUAGGAGCCCUGUAUACAUUUUCCUUUGUCGUAUUAUUGUCAUCUCAAAGCUCCAGCUGUGAUUUUAUGUCGGUUUUGUAAAUAUUUGAUUGUUUCUUAAGCAUUAACUCUUGGUAACAGUCACUAAACCAUGUUUGUUUGUUUGAAUGUACUGCUGCAAGAAAAUGCAUCUUUAUACAAAAGAAAAA